AAACUGGUGACCACAGCGGUGAAGCAGUAGCGAGAAGAGGAGGAGUUUUUCUCCUUUCUUUCCCCCCCGGUCGACAAUCUGUGUCUGCAGGGGCUGAGAAUAUGACAACUUAAUUGCUUCUCUGUCCCCCCCUGAGGCUCUAUUUUCUUCUUUUAUAUUCACUUUCCCGUGUCGUCUGCCACACCUGCCUGCCAAGCUGGGCGCGGCUGGGACCGGAGCCCAAAUCUGUGUUUUGACUCGCCUGGGAAAGUUGAGCGAAAAGGCACAAAAGAAGCGAAGGGAGUUUGGGGGAACAUCCCCGCACGCUCUGCGCGUCAGCUCCACACUGACGCAUUGUUCUUCCACAGGAUAAGUCGCUGCGUCCUGAGAGGAACCCGACUGCGACAAGGAGACUGCUUGAAGAUAAGAUGGGAUGGACGAGUUAACAAGGCAGAUGGAGAUCUCUGGAGAAAAGGUUCUGACAGAAACCGUAACCUCCACCACCCGACUGACUUCUCUCCCACCAAAGGGAACCAGCGGAUCAAAUCACAGGAAUAUGUCCAGCAGUACCGGAGGGCUGGGUUUUGAGAAGAAUGUCUUAACGCAGAACAGCAGUGGAACCUACUUCUCUUCAUCCUCUAUAGGCGUGACGAGUAACUACAGCUCCUCCUCAGGAAUCUACCUGGGAGGAGAUUCCUCUGGAGGAGGUGAAGGUGGCGGGAGCUACAUCGAUGGAGAGGGCUAUGGGAGUGGAGCAGGAGGAGGAGGAGGAGGAAGAGUGGGAAGCAGUGGAAGCACUUAUCUCGUGAGCUCCGUGUCAAAGGUUCGGUCCAGCUCGUCGGGUGGUGCCAGGAGAGCUCAGACUGGGGGUUCAUCAGUGGGGCUGUCGCCAGGUUUCAGAGAGAGGAAGACCAUAACCAGCCGCUCGGGAGGCUACGACGGGAGUUCCAGUGGUAAUUCCUCCCCAGAAUUUUCACGCAAAGACUAUGGGAACUACUGCUCCGGUGCCACAAGAGGGAGGAGUGAAAGCAGAGAGAGCGAGAUCAGAGCCAGAUUGCAAAGUGCCUCCCCAUCUGCCGGAAGAUGGGCAGAGUUGGAAGAUGUGAAGAAGCUGCUGAAGGGACGCUCCAGCAGCGUCAGUCCAACCCGCUCCUCCGCCUCGGUCACCCUGCCAGUGCCUAAAAAAGCCAGCGUGGAGACCAAGACCGUCUCAGUGGGCACUCAAUCAGCUUCAACUCUAUUUGAACCUAUUGUUCAGACGAAUGGGUUCAACACUAUCGAUGUGUCGGGCCUCUAUGACAGCAGACUGACAUCCAGGCAGCGUGACUCUGGUGUCCAAACAGGCCAACACACUGUCACAGUGAAGUCAUGCCACUGUGACGCUGGCGUCAAAUCCAGCCAGUAUGACGUUAGCCUGAGCUCCGGUCAGUACGACACCGGUCUGAAAUCUGGACGAUAUGACAUGAAUCUCAAAUCAGGCCAGUAUGACACCACUGGGAGAUCAGGCCAAUACGACACCCUGGAUUCAGCCUUUCCCACUUUCUCCUGGUCCACCUCCACGCUGCCCUCCCCCUCCACGACCGUCGUCGCCGGCAACACCAGCAGCUACACCUAUCAGCUUGGUCAGGUCAGCGCCAACAACAGGUCGGGAGGCUCCCCGCCGCUCAGUCCUGUCCCACAGCAAUCUCUAUCAGUUUACGGUUUUCAGAAUAAUCUGGCACCCACCUCUAUCGGUGCGCUCACCACCAGCGGCGGCAACGUAACGGCUAACCUUGGAGGGUAUGGCGUCCAAAAGAACGUGUCAAACGGCAGUGCUGUCAUAAGCUCAGGGAUCUCUACAGCCACUAGGUCCCAAACCGAUGAUGUCUACAAGAGAGACUACAGAUAUAUGGCCUCUGAAAAGGAGAACGUUCCUGCCAGGAGGGAGGGAGAAAUGCUCAUUCUGGCAAAAGACAGUGGCAAGCAGUUUACCACCACCAGCAGCGCUCAUAUAGGAGGAGGUUCACUUUCAGGAGACUCAAUAAAGAAGGAGAAGCUUAUUUCCAGCUACGUUGACACGGGCACGCUGAAAGCAGAGACAGGCAAUUCAUACUAUGGAUCAUCCGGAGUCCUGAUGAAAGAUAAGGCAACCUAUGCAGAGAUUCACAGAGACAGCGGCAUCUUUGGGGGAGGAGGUCUGUGCUGCUGCUCCGACUCCUGCUGCUCCUGGUGGAAGUGGCUGCUGGGCUUGCUGCUCCUCUGCCUGCUUCUGCUCGGGCUCCUGUUUGGCCUCAUCGCACUGGCCGAGGACGUGAGGAAGCUCAAGAAGCAAGUGUCGUCUCUGGAGAACGACGUCUCAGUCGCCAAUGCUCGCACUAGUCGGCUGUCGGGGUCGGGUUCCUCCAAUGACAUCAACACCUAUGUGAGCGGCGGAGGGGGAGGCGCAGGCACCGACAACACACUCAUCCUCGGAUUCGGAGGUGCAGGUGGAGGUGGCUCGGAUUCCAAAACGCAAAUCAGUAUUGCUGGUGCUGGUGCUGGUGCAGGCGGAUCUGCCAGUCGGAAUGAUGUGGAUGUUGGCGUUGUGGGUGUCGGUGGUGCUGGAGGGGCUGCGGGAGCUGGAACUAGCUCCAGUAGCAGUGCUGGUACCAGCUUGAGCGGCGGUGCUGGGAGUGCUGGUACUGGCGGUGUCAGUGCAGGCGGUGCCAGUUUUGGCGGCGGCACCGGCGGUUCCGGUACCAGUUUUGUCAUUGGCGGCGGCGGUGGGGCCGGCAGUGGUGUCGGGACUGGAGUGAGUGGAAGAUACAUAGAUAGCGCCUUCCUUCAGAUGACCGUCCAUCAAAUGUUGAAGUCAGAAAUGCAGUCACAGGCAUUCAGAGGCUUCCUGGCAUCCUCAGUGCAGGGAGAGAGGGGAUUACCUGGGCCUAAAGGGGACUCUGGAUUGAAAGGGGAAGCCGGUUUUCCUGGAAUUCCAGGCGCACCAGGUCCUAUGGGACAUGCUGGUCCUGAAGGUCCCAAAGGACAGAAAGGAAGUCAAGGUGAGCAUGGAGUGGAAGGGCCACCAGGUAUUAGGGGCCGCGAAGGACCACCUGGGCCUAGAGGUGACCCAGGAGCUACAGGCUUUGGACUCAAAGGGGAUAAAGGUGAAGCUGGAUCUGUUGGACCUGCUGGGGCCCCUGGACCCAAAGGUGCACAAGGAAUCCAAGGGUUACAAGGGCCACCUGGUCCUCACGGUUUCCGUGGUGAGGCAGGACUACCUGGACCAAAAGGUGAUAGAGGGCUGGCUGGAUUCCAAGGACUCAAAGGUGAAACUGGUGAAAAGGGAGUCAGAGGUCUGCAAGGGGAACCUGGUUUACCAGGACCAGCGGGAGAGAAAGGCUCCAAAGGAUCUAUGGGACUUUCUGGACAAGAUGGUGAAAAGGGAUCAAGAGGUGACCAGGGACCGUCUGGACCGCCUGGACUCAGGGGUUCUGCUGGGCCUCCUGGAGAUGCUGGACUUCCAGGAACACCAGGCCUUCAAGGACCACCAGGAAUUCCAGGAAAUCCCGGCCGACCUGGAGCCAAAGGUGAACCCGGUCAAGCCGGACGAAUCAUCAAUGCAGCCGGCUCGGCUUCUGUUGGCAUCCCAGGACCACCUGGACCUGCUGGGCCCCCGGGUCCCGCUGGUCCUCCAGGACUAUCAGGUCCCAUUGGCCCUGCUGGUCUGCCUGGCCCACCUGGUCCUAAAGGUGACAGAGGAUAUAAGGGAGAGCAGGGAGAGACUGGAAUAACCAGGGAAACCAUAAGUUCAUCUGCAGCAGGGACGCAGUUCGGUGCUGGAGGAAGCUCCUCUUUCCGUAGCAUACCUGGGCCACCGGGUCCACCUGGGCCUCCCGGACGUCCAGGCGACUCAAGACAAGGACCUCCAGGACCACCAGGGCCUCCAGGGCAGCCAGGUUAUGGGAUACCAGGACCUAAAGGAGAAAAGGGAGAUGUGGGUUUCGCAUCCAGCUCAGGAACAUAUUAUUCUGGACCACCAGGACCUCCUGGACAGCCUGGACCUAAAGGAGCAACAGGCUCUCCUGGACCCCGCGGAUACACAGGUGAGCAAGGCCCACAGGGCGUGCCUGGGACACCAGGUAGAGCAGGAAGCUCCAUUACGUAUGGAGGAAACGCGGUUCCUGGACCACCGGGUCCACCGGGGCCUCCUGGACUCCCAGGGAUACCUGGAGUGAAGGGAGACACUGGAGCGCCAGGAAUUCCAGGCGCGUCAAGAGGUUCAGUCUCAGUCACCUCUGGCCCUGCUGGGCCCCCAGGGCCCCCAGGGCCUCCCGGCUCGCCUGGUUCCUUUGCUUCCUCCACUGAGAUGCGGCAGUACAUUUCAGACUAUCUGAGUAGAUACAGACUGAGCAGCCUACCUGGCCCUCCAGGUCCACCUGGACCUCCAGGACUCCCAGGAACCUUCUCAGGGUCUAUAGACGACAUCUCUACUCGCAUCAUUGCAUACCUGCGACGUUCAGACUCAGGCUUCAGUAUCGGCGUUCAGGGACCUCCAGGACCGCCCGGUCCUCCUGGGCCCACCUCUGGCUCCCUGACUGUCAGCGCUCUCAUCACCAUGCUUCAGAGAGAUGACGUGAGAAGAUAUUUGUUGUCUGGACCACCUGGGCCUCAAGGACCUCCUGGACCACCAGGGGCCUCAGGAGGACUCUCCGGCACUUACAGAAUAGAGGAGAUAGCCACUUAUGUCUUCAAUAUCAUGAACGAGAGGGGGAUUGCAAGAGGCCCGCCAGGUCCACGAGGUCUACCGGGCCCCCCCGGAGCUCCGGGCGCAGGAGGCUCUGGCUACACCACCGCUACCAUCGACUACUCGGCUCUGAUCCGAAAUUCAGAUUUCCGCUCCUGGAUCACUUCCGCUGUGCAGCAAGGUCCUUCUGGUCCUCCAGGUGCCCCAGGGCUGCCUGGGCCUCCUGGUCCUCAGGGGCCCCCAGGGGUCUCCACGGCGACAGUGUACGGAUCGGGAGGUCGUGGCUACAGCUUGGAGGACAUUCAGCGCUACCUGCAGGGUUCUGGAUUCAGAGGCCUUCCUGGACCCCCGGGCCCUCCAGGUCCCCAGGGGCCACCGGGCGCCGUCACCGGAUCAGUGUCCUACAGCGGAAAUCUCCCUCGGGAGAGCAUCCGCGCUGAAAUUCAACAGUAUCUGUCUAGCGACAGUGUUCGACGUACCAUCGCCGGGCCUCCAGGUCCUCAAGGUCCAAAGGGUCAGAAGGGAGAACGCGGAGAGCCUGGCUACUCCCAGAGCUACAUACAGAGCCAGAGCUACCAGCAGAGCGACGGUCGCUACGGCUCCCAGCGCAGAGACGUCGAUGUCAGCAGGCUCGCCGAGACGCUCGACUACUCCAACGUCGCCAUGAAAGUUACAGACUACAUUAAGAAUCAAGGCCUGCUGCAGCAGUACAUCUCCGACGGUUCACGGAGGACAAACGUCCGAGCAAUUCAAGGACCCCCGGGUCCUCCGGGGCCUCCAGGACCGCCCGGCCACAGCCGUGUGAUUGGCUCCUAUGGCAACGUCACAGCUGACCUGAUGGACUUCUUCAGGAGAUACGGCACCGUUACCGGGCCGCCAGGAAGCCCAGGUCCAAAGGGAGAGAGAGGGCACCCAGGACCCAGAGGAGAAAAGGGUGAUCCAGGACCUCCAGGUUUACCUGGAAUCCCAGCGCCCCUCACCAUCCAGAUUCCACACAAAGUGCAAAAGAGAGAAGCAGGCGAUAAAGGGGCGGUUCGUCAAAAGCGUCGUCGACGUCAAGCCGGCUUCGACUGAAGGCCGUCCCGCUGGCCGACGCAAUAUUCCACAUCAGCUUUAAUUGUUUUUUUUUGUUUUUAGAAUUUUAGUUGUUAAACUGUAUAAAUAUGCUCUUUACUGUUUCUUUCCAAGACAGGUUGGUUUGGGAAAAUAAUAAUAAUAAUAAUAAAAAAAAGCAUUCAUCUCUUUAAAAAUGCUUCUUGUAGACAUCUUAGCCUGUGGGUUUUUAGAAGGCUCAGACUUCACUGUUCAACUUGUGGGUGUGUAAUGUUUACUUUGCUUAGUUAGAAGCCUACGUUCCCUUAGCCUGGGGGCAGCUUUUUGCCAAGCAAUAAGCGGCGGUUGCUUUUUAUUUCAAAUGCAAGCAUCUGCUCUUUUUUCCUUUUUAUAUUUGCUGACAUUUGGGGAUUAUAUGUAUCGAGGACUAUAGGAGCGUUGAAAAGCAUUUAUUUCACAUUGGCCCCAUAAAAAGAAAUAUUUUAAACCAUUCGGCCUCUAACAGAAACAUGAGCUAGACUCGGCCUCAAAGUGAGGGCCGUUUUACGAAGGUUUUGAGAUUUACUUGAAAGGUUUCGUUGGUAUAAAGAAGAGAAAUAUGUUUGUAUUAUUACAGAGAUGGACUCGGAAAGACACGACUGAUUUAAUUGUAUAUUUUUGUGUAAGAGCACUGAAUUUGAUAUUUUCUAUAUGCUUUAAGUGUUGGAGAGAGUAAAUUAUAAACAUGGAUGAACCUUUUGGAUUAAAAUACCAGACCAAAAAAAGAAGAAUAAAUCUAUUUUUGGAUUUGGGA